UGGAAAUAAACUUGGUCUGCCGCAGACAUGAAGUCAGACACAUCAACUCAUGAUGGUGAUUCAUCUUCUGAGUGCCACUCGGAAGACAAGUUAACUCAAGGAUGUCCACUUAGGUGCAUGCCAGGCAGAGUAGAGGGUUCCACCAAGAGGCGUCUGGCUGCCAAUGCCAGGGAAAGGAGAAGAAUGCAAGGACUCAAUACGGCUUUUGACAGCUUAAGAAAAGUGGUUCCCCAAUGGGGAGAAGACAAGAAGCUCUCCAAAUAUGAGACCCUUCAGAUGGCACUGAGUUACAUCAUGGCAUUGGACAGGAUCCUUACAGAAGCAGAGAUAUACAGAAAUGAUGGGGACUGGACAAGUGUACAUCACUAUGGACUAGUCCAGCAAGAUCAGAGUUACUUGGAACUAAGAUCCCCGAGAACCUGCGAUAAUAUUAUUUCACAUGCGUUUUCCCAUUAGGCUAAAGAUCACUCAGAAACAGGUCAUGUUCUUUAAAUCAGCGGACAAUCAGCAGUGAAGGUAAAAAUCCUCAUCAAUGAUCAUGUUUUUGCAUCCUGACUCUGUACAGCCUAUGGGAGUUUGGAGGCUCCAUGUUAAUCUCUUUUCAUUGUUAACUUCUACAUGCUGACAAACAUAGGUAACCUAUAGUAACAACUUACCUGAAAAU